AUGCUGCCACUGUCCCUACUGAACGCGGCACAAAAUAAGCCGAUGCUCGUAGAGCUGAAAAAUGGCGAGACAUUCAAUGGGCACCUUGUCAACUGCGACAACUUCAUGAACAUCACGCUCCGAGAGGUCUACCAGACGAGCGCGGAAGGCGACAGGUUCUGGAAAUUGAAGGAAUGCUACAUUCGGGGCAGUACGAUCAAGUACCUGCGCGUCCCAGACGCCCUCCUCGACUCCGUCAAGGAGGAGCAGAACCGUGCGCGAGAAGCCGGCCGCGGCGCGAGAGGAGGCCAUGUCGGCGGUCCCGGCACUCGUGGUCGCGGUGCGCCCCCUCGCGGACGCGGUGGCAUGCCCCGUGGGGCAGGCCCGAUGCGCGGCGGAGGCCGCGGACGGGGGAGGGGUAUGUGA